CACUUGAUAAAUGUUGAUUUACACCUGAGGAGAGAGAGAGAGAGGGAGAGAGGGAGAGGGAGAGAGAGAGGAGUGAUCCGGACUCUCAGUGAACGAAGGGAACUGGACCGACGACAUGACCCGUCUCCACCUCAGAGGCAUUUUUCUCACUCUGUCUUUGGCUGCAACGGCUUUACCGAGCUUGCACCCUGAGUGUGAGUUCAUAUUUCAACUGGAAAGAGAGGAGCAGCACUGCCUUCAGUACAUCGCAGAGCAGGGAAACAGAAGCAUAGAAGGUUGUCAACCAUUCUGGGAUGCAGUUGUGUGCUGGCCUCAUGCAGUCAUUGGGGAGACGGUCCAAAGAGCUUGUCCUGCAGUUUUCUCCCUCUUCAGAAAUAACACAGGUUCAGUGAGCCGUAACUGCACCACUGAUGGUUGGUCCAGACCUUUUCUUCCGCACCACAUUGCCUGCAGUGUGGAUGCUGACAUCCCCGAGACAGAACAGUCAUACUUUGCCACAGUGAAGCUGAUAUACACCGUUGGUUACAGCAUCUCUCUAAUGGUGCUGACUGUAGCUGUGUUGAUCCUCCUGCUCUUCAGGAGGUUGCGUUGUGCCAGGAACUGCAUUCAUAUUCAGCUCUUCAUCACAUUCAUUUUGAAAGCUGUGGCAGUGUUUAUAAAGGACGCGACUCUCUUCUCAAAUGAAGACACCAACCACUGCACCCUCUCCACAUUUGCCUGUAAGGCGUCUGUGGUCUUCUGUCACUACUGUGUAAUGGCUAAUUUUUUCUGGCUCCUGGUGGAGGCGCUCUACCUCAAUUCUCUGCUGCUUUCGUCCUUCUAUCACAGCCGUCGAUGUCUGUGGGGCUUCAGUCUGCUUGGAUGGGGUGUACCUGCAUUCUUCAUCCUCCUAUGGAUUGGGUCCAGGGUUUACUUUGAAGACACAGAAUGUUGGGACAUCAAUGAGGACUCGCCCUAUUGGUGGAUCAUCAAGGGACCAAUUGUCGUGUCCAUUGCGGUAAAUUUUAUGCUCUUCAUGAACAUCCUCAGAAUCCUGAUACAGAAGCUCAAUCCUCGACUGAUCCAGUUCAAUAAUUCCUCUCAGUACAGACGCCUGACUAAAUCUACCCUUCUCCUCAUUCCUUUGUUUGGUACUCACUACAUUUUCUUCAAUUUUCUGCCUGACUAUUUCAACAUUAACCUGCGCUUCUGCAUCGAGCUCUGCAUCGGAUCCUUCCAGGGGCUUCUUGUUGCAGUUCUCUAUUGCUUUCUCAAUCAAGAGGUCCAGAAAGAGGUGCACAUGCAGUGGCUGAGGUGGCAGGAGCGGAGCUAUGGUGUGGUGUCACCUGCUGCGAAGGGCAGUCAGAUGGACACACCCUUCUAGAGGUUUCUCCACAAGCAGUCAGUCUUGCCCAAAAGGUUUUCUGCUCACUGAAUGUUCACAGACGAUUGCCUCUGAUCUCUUCAGCCCCCUUGUUGGGCUGUGCAGUACACACGAUAGCAGUGGUUGUUGGCUUUACACCAUGAAGCCUGAGUCUGUUUAUUUUCAUUCCAAACAGUCUUACCCUGUUUCACUUGCUGUACUUCUUCUGCCUGAAUGGAGACUCUGAGGUAGACUGAAGGGAGAGGGGAUCUGAAAUACAUUUUUAUCCUCAUACAUUUCAAGACAGGUUCUGCCAGCUCCUGUUAUCAAGUUCCAGUAACAACUUUAGAAAUAUAAGCUUCAGAUGUGUGUGAUAGAAUGAUAACUUUUAAACAGCUUAAUCUAACCUAAAAUAAUCCUUCAGUUAGCAAGUAGAUAGUUUCUUGAAUUUGAUGUCACAUUGUCAAAAAGCACUUCAAACAGUAUGCUUUAAAGCUUAAAGCCAGUCCAACGUACUGUCUUCUGUCAUGCUUUGUAGUCAUCUUAGCCAGUAUGGAGGACAAACUCUAAGCCAUACAGUAUAUGAACAUAUUAAUGGAAACAUGCCCUGUAACACUAACAUGGUAGUUAUUCAAAUAAUAUCAAUUUAAGUCUUCACUUUAUCUGCUUAUAUGUUGAAAAUUGCUUGUGCAUGCUUUAAUCAAGAAUUAUACAACUUGAUGUAUUAAUCUUAAAUUGUUUCAUUUGUGAUCUUUUCAUGUUCUAAUUUGACAGAACUGUCUCAGUGACAGGAAAUGUAAAACAAAAAAAGACUGAAUUAUUCUACAAACCACAAUCCUUUUGUUUCAUCUAAGCUUUUUUAAUGUAAUUGAAACAUUUCCAUGAACUGAAUGUGUAAACCUGUUGCUGUCAGAAAAUUGUUUUGUGGUCACUUUUCAUUGUUGCUGUAUUUAAAAUGUUUUCUUGUGUCUAUUUUGCGAUAAAACAUUGCUUUACGAAAAUGA